AUGUACGGAUUUGGGAGCGUCCCUAAUGGGGGACAGUCGGCGACGCCCUUGCCACGUGUGUGCUUAGCAGAGAAUCCCUUUGAGAUGUGUAGUGUCUAUAGCCUGAAUAGCAUGGUAAGUGAAAUAUGGAAGUGCAAACACAAGCCACCAGCAGACAUCAAACAGGAGAGAUGUGUGAUUUACGAGUGUCCUGAACAUAGCACAAUCGGCACGAGCAAAAACAGCACGGCAAUCAAGGCGAGCCCAAGAUAG